UUCGCAGGGAAGCAUGCAAAAGUUUUGACACGCAGAAAUUUCCAAAUAUGCUAAACUUUAUUAAGAAAAUUUGAAAAUAAGAAAGAAAAAAAUAAUAGAAAAAAAAGGGAAAAAAACAAAAAUGAGUGACGUUAAUAGCAGACAAUUAUGCAUUACUAGAAAGAACCUAUGGCGCCCCGUGGUUCGCGCAUGGCAGCCCCAUGAACGGUACGUAUUUAAGGGCUGAUAGGUGCUUGUAUCUCAUCACUGUAUCGCCACCGGCAGACUUGAAGCACGUUGUGGGAACAUACCAAAAAAAAGUAAUAUAUAGAACAAAUUUUAAUCAAAAUUCGUAUAUCGAUCUAAAAAAAAUAAUUAUUCGCGUUUCUUAUAAUUACCACGAGAAAAAAUAUCAGUGAUUUCGUCUCUGUUUUUUAAAAAAAAAAGAGACUUUUUAAGAAGAAAACACCACUUUUCUCCUGUUACUCAAUUCUUCAUCAAGAAACAACAGACAUGAAAUAUAAUAAUGCAGUUCUACUCUUGGCUUCGGCAACAAUUGUCAUAGUUUUCUCAGGUGAAGUAUUCGGCAUGCCUCCGGCACAAUGCAGUCCUGGAUUUUUAGAUGAAAUUCCACCAAGGAUUCGUAAAGUUUGCGCAGCUCUAUCCACAUUAUAUGAACUAGGAACUGCGAUGGAAAACUACAUCGAGGAUAAAGCAAAAUCACAAUAUCUACAGGAUUAUCAAUCACGUGGUGUUAAACGUCAGGACGUUGAUCACGUAUUUCUACGUUUUGGCAAACGACGUUAGACAACUUUGGCAUCAUUCUAAAAUUCUGUGGAUGAUUCCUGUGCGAGACGAGGGAAAAAAAAUAAAUCUUUGACGCAGGAACCAUCAUUUAAAGUCCAGUUUAUAAUGCAAUAAGCUCUUUUAUCCAUCAUUUCAUCAUAACAAAGAAAACCAAAAAAAAAAUAAAAUAAAUAAAUAAAAUACAAAAAUCACAUUCAAUUUUAUCACCAAAAAAAAAGUCUCUUUAGUGCAUAAUAAUCUUUUUAAUUUUUCCUGUUUUUCAUCUUUCGUUCGGUCACUCUUUGUUAUUUUUCAACAAAGAGGCAAAAAAAAUUUUUUUUUUUCGAGAACCGACGAAUGGUCUCCAUCCAUAAUUUAUUAUUAUUAAUACAAUAAAAAAAAUAUAUAUAUAUAUACAAACACAAGUAUUUAGAUGAGAAAAAAAAGAGAAUAAAUUUAAAAAAAAGAAAUUCGAGUCUGAUUGUAGAUUCACUGAUUAUUGAGAUGAACUGAGAUAUAUAGAAGGAGCAAUUUCCUUAGCGUGCGAUAUUGAUAAUGACGCGGCGCCUAUGAGAUUCACCCACUCGAAGCCGCCAAUAAAAGUCUGAUUAGAGUAAAUUCAGGAUUUGGCAUCCUCGACAAUUUUUUGCAAAUCUUAAUUAAGUGUUCACAAUUUUCUUGACCCUUGAAUCAAUUUUUAAUAAUAUAUAUUUUUGUCCAAAUCCUUUAUCUUCAUUUUCUUCACAAAAAAAAAAAAUUUUAAUUUUAUUUUCUAAUAUGUUUAAUUUUUUUCAUUUUACUAUUUUUCCAGUGCACUUUUAAUCAUCUCUGUGUAAUAUUUAGAAGUUUCUCUUCAAACAAAUUUUUCUUUUACAUUUAAAAAAAUUGUUUAAUUAAUUUAUUUAUUUAUUUACAUAUAAAUCAAGUAAACACAACAUUUAAUUAACUAAACUAAAAUUCGAAAAUGUCUAUUUAUACAAUUAGAAUAAAAAUAAUGAAUUAAAUUAAAAUUCGAAAUUGUUACGUCUAAUUAAAAAGUCAAAAUGGGAAAAAAAAUUAAUUACAUUAAAAAUUCAAAAAUGCUGCGCCUAAUGAUAAAAUCGAAUUCAAAAAAAAAAUAAUUACAUUAAAAUUGAAAAAUGUUGCGUCUGAUGAUAAAAUUAAAAUAAGAUCGGAAUAAAAAAAAUUAAUUUGAUUAAAAUUGAAAAAUGUUACGCCUAAUGAUGAAAUGAAAAUAAAAAUUCUGUUUCAAUUGAUCGAUGUUUUAUUAAAUUUACCAAAAGAGACAAAAUUUAUUUUUAACAGAGAAAAUUAAAAACAAAAAAUAUUCAGAAUGAAAGAAGAAUUCGCCAAAUAAAAAAGUGACGGAAACAAUUUUCGAAUUAAAAACCAUUUAAUUAAUUUUAAUUUUUGUUUAUUUAUUUCUUUAUUUAAAUCAAAAAAGAAAUUUACUCUGUGAUUUUUAUGGAAAAUAAUUAAUUUUUGCGAAAAUACUUUUUGCGUUUUAAUUUAGCUUAUUAUGUUAAAUAAUAAGAAAAAAUGUAACUUAUGAACAAGGUAAAUUAUUGAUUAUGACCUUAGGAUAUAUAAACUUGAGACAUUCAAUUAUUAUCAUAAAGAUUAAUGAAGAUAAAGGAGAAAUAGAAUAAUAUUUAUAAUAUAGCUUCCUUGAUAUUUGAGUUUUACAUGAAAUUAAUUAUAUGGUUCAAUCAAAAUACUAAGAAGUCGGAUAUUUAUUAAUUGAGAAUGCUAAAAAUCCCCUUAACCAAGUUUAUGUACCGAGAAAAAAAAUUUUGUUCAUUUAAAUAAUUUUUUUUUUUAAUUUUGGCUAUUAUAAUAUUAAUGUUUAUUGGCAACGAAAAAAUAUUUACUAGUAGCA